UAUGUGAUGGCAGAAAAAGAAGCUUGGUAUCAUCAUUCCAUCUCCAGAAAAGAGGCAGAAGAGAAGCUAUAUCACUCAGAGAAAGAUGGAGCGUUUCUGGUGCGGAAGAGCGACACAGUUCCAGGGGCGUACGUACUGUCUCUCCAUGUGGAUAGGUUCAUCCAUCACUACAGGAUCCGACUGGAUACAGAUGGGUUCUACGUAACUGUCAACACCCGAACUAAUCUAAACAGUAUGAAGUUUGAGUCCUUAGUUGCGGUCAUCAAAUACCUCAUGCAAAACCCCAAUAAGAUAAACCUGGCUGGACCACUUCUCUUUCCCAUCUCCCCUGAGAAAGAAGAGGAGGAUUUCUACGAGACCGAGGACGAGGACGAGGACGACAUGUCGUCUGAUGACGAACAAGACGAGACGAUAAGAAAGUGCCCAGCAGAACUGAGACUCACUCUCAAGAAGCGGACUUCCACACAUCACUCAGGCAACAAGACUAUGAGGAUAUUUCAAGAUGUGUUCAACUCUCUGGAUACCACAGAACUAGAAGAGGCGGACCCUGGUUUUGUUGCUCUACUCAGGAGAUACGUUCAGACUAGUGCGUUCUGGGACAUACAGAAGGAUGAUUCUGGAGGGACUGGGUGUCUGGAGCGACUCGUGGACUACUCUUGCAGGGACCUGCUGACUCAGCUGCAACUCUUCAACCAGAAGAUGGCGUUUUUAGACAAGCUUGUGAGUGGGAUUGCUAAAGGAAGCCUUCUAGAAACUUCCCUACGAGAGGAAGCACCAGCAGUAAAGGAAGAACUGUUAGACAGUAUCGAUCCAGCUCUGGUGGAAUGUUCUAGAGUCUCAACUAGGAUUGGGAGUAAGAUAAACAACGUCUUCAAACAUCUCUCUAGGAGUAUCCAAGUAAGCGAGGAGUGUCUGAUAAACGAUACCAAGACAUUUGAAGCAAAGGAGGAGGGACUACGAGGAGGAAAGAUACACCUAGCCGUGGAUCCCAGGAGAGGGACCGUAUCAUUGGGGCUCGGCAAAUCUGGAACGGAGUACUUCCACCAACAGAUCAAACGGUUGGAGAAGAACUACAAAGAUCCAAACAAAAUGACGAUAAUCUUCAUGGACAAGAAGAAACGUGAGAUAGUGUUUGAUGAUACUCGGACUCGAGAGGAAUUCUUCAGACUGUGUCCCAGAUAAAACACAUUCACAAGAGCGAGAAGGAUGUUAAAACUGUUUCGGUAUUUUGUUGUACUUGGAACAUGGGAGAAGUUGAACCAGUGAACGACAUUGUUCACCUCUUCGACAACACUGGAGAUCACAUCUCUG